UCUCUUAACACUUUGUCCCAUUUUCUCUAAUUGGUUGACUCUACACGCUAAUAAUUGUAAAAGUUAAGGUGAUAUGUACGUUGUGGUGCACCACAGCAUCAUCUAUACUUUUGUGUAUAUUCAAAAUAUUCCACAGUAAAAACCCUUUUAAAUACCCAGGCAAAUUUCGGGUGACCAGACUAUCUCGGUUUGUAAAAACGGACUGGGAGGAAAAGUAAGUCUAGGCUCAAGGAAGGGAACCUAGGGGAUGGAACUCGGGCUGCCACUCAUGCUAGGCAAGCCACACCUCCAACCCUAUGUGUUUCCACUCCCUUGUUUCGGCUCUUGGGUAGUUUGGGAAGUCGGUCCGGGGUCUUUCGGUGCCCACCCAACCACCGAGACGAGACGGCGCUUAAAACUCCUCCAGUUCCGCCCAUCGGGACGAGGGCAACUCCCGGGAUCGCAGCGACUGAACGGGCUUUGGGGUGACGUCCGUCUCUUCGGUCCGGGUGGAAAUCAAAGAGAACUUGCCCGCCAGAAAAAUAUGAAAAAAACCCAGGAAAUUAGCAAAGGAAAAAGAAAAGAGGAUAGCUUGACUACCUCUCAGAGAAAGCAGAGGGACUCUGAGAUCAUGCAGCAAAAGCAGAAGAUAGCCAAUGAGAAGAAAUCUAUGCAGACAAGAGAAAAAUGAUGACUGGCUUUGUGGAAAACGUGGGUGCUAUUGCCAGUGGGUGCAUCAUAAGCUCUAAGAUCAGAAUUUCUCAGAGUGACUAAUCAUUACAUGUGUCAUAACUUAUCCUUAUAAAACUGACUAUUUUAAACUUUACUUUUCAGCCUUACUUAAUAUGAUGUUUUAAGACCAUUCUUCAAAGAAUAAAGUACUGACCAUGCAUGUGA